GGAGAAAAGAACUGCAGUUUGCCUGCAAGUUCCUCGUCGAUUUAUCUUUAUUUCCUUAGAAUAUCCCUGGCUCAGCCCCCCUCGCUUUCAACAUGCCCGUCGUUGCAGGACCUCCUCAGGCCCACGGCCCCUCUACUUUCGACAAGAUGAAGAUGGGUGCUAUGAUGGGAUCAACUGUUGGCGGUAUCAUGGGCUUCAUCAUCGGAACUGUCACUAUCUUCCAAUAUGGUGCCGGACCCAACGGUGUUAUGCGGACCUUGGGUAAAUACAUGCUUGGCUCUGGGGCGACUUUCGGUCUCUUCAUGUCCAUUGGCAGCGUCAUCCGUACCGAAGGACCUCACAACGAUGCUUGGCUUCGCGCUCGGGGUCCCCCGAUGAUGCUUCCUCGCCAAAGCCCUCUGCGGCCCAUGCGCCAGUAGACGCACAGUCAACGAUUUAUGCGCAGCGGUUGAACGGUGGGAAUGUGAAACUUCCCGCGGGUUAUCUGUACAAUAGUUAUUAUCCUGAUGAACAAUUUGUAUGGCCCACGGGUCAACAGUUAAUGCAGGAGAGCGGUUGGAAAGAGGCAGGGGUGAUCUCUGCAUAAUGUACAUACAGUCUGGGCAUCGGGACGGACUGAAAACAUUUUUGGCCCGGUGACAGGAUGUCUCUUGGCGUUACAACAAAGCUAACCGGUUAAUGAAGGAUGGUCAUGAGCAAACGACCUGAAGAAUGAGGUAGUAGAUUGACUCAAAAAUCUCACUAUAGGACUAGCAGAGUCGGUUCCUACAGGCCCAAUCAACGGGGAGUAGGGCGAUCUUCAAGAUGACCAAGCCGCUCGCUAUACACAGUUCAGUAGCGUAACCUAACGGCAGUCUAGCUUUCAUGUUGGCCAUACACCGUAGAUCCUGAGCGGCGUAUAUUAUGAGCUUGCCGAAUGGGGAAUCAAGUUAAGGGUAGGUUAUAAAUAUCCGAGGCAUUGAUAUUAC